AUGCCGAAGAACAAGGGAAAAGGUGGCAAGAACCGCCGCAGAGGAAAGAACGAGAACGACAACGAGAAGCGCGAGCUUACCUUCAAGGAGGAAGGGCAAGAGUACGCCCAGGUUCUCAAGAUGUUGGGGAACGGCAGACUCGAGGCCAUGUGCUUCGACGGCGUCAAGCGUCUCGGCCUAAUCCGAGGCAAGCUCCGGAAAAAGAUUUGGAUUAAUAACGGCGACAUUAUCCUCGUCUCGCUGCGCGAGAAAGCCUACGGCGAACUCCCCGAUACGGCCAAGAUCAACGAGACCGACACGUUUGGCCCCAACGAAGACGGCGAUUGCGGUUUCGAGUUCGACGAGGACCGCGACAGCGAGGACGAGGGCGAGGGCGCCACCGCCGGCAAGGAGAUUGCCAUCGACGACAUCUAA